CCGCGCGACGGGCCAGCAGCUUGCCGGCGUCCGUCCCGAGUUUCCGUUGUGCGUCCGUCCCGUGCCGUCGCGAAAACCGCGUCCGCGACCGUCUCUGUUGGUGUUUUUCUUCUCCGGGAAAGUCCGCGAAUAAUAAAAAAAAUUACCUACAUCGCUGUCGUGUCGCGCGAACGGUCGAAAACGAGACCGGUGGCGGUAUAAAAAAAAUUAUAGGUAUUACAUUGUUAUAACGGACGAAAAUAAUAUUCGUUUACUCUGCGAAAUCGCACGCCGCUGAGCCGAUCGCGCGCGUAAUAUAUAUAUAUAUAUAGACCGUGAUUUAUAAUAUAAUUUAAUAAAUUGUCGUUUCCGAUCGGAUCGAUCGUUGAAUAAUUUUAAGAAUACCGUGCAGGACUCGCGCGUGUGUUCGUGGUGCGCGAGCAGUGGUCCGGGAGCAGUGUUAAAUAAUAAUAAUAAUAAUAAUAAAUAAUAUUAUCGUAUCGUUCUACUAAACGCAAUAUAUUAUCGUCGUAGUGUCGGUGUCGCGGUCGUGCGGGAGUGUGUGCGUGUGACCGUGCGAUAUGUCGGCCGACGAGAUCCGUGUCCGCCGACGGCGCUGACGACGACGAAAUCUCGCGAGACACCGACCGGUGGAAAAUCGACGUCCGUCCGACCAGCGUUUCGCCGCACCGUUCGCGAAUAUUAAUAACCAGUGAUAACAUUAGAGAACCGCCGCCGUUCUCGGUUCAUACCGCGUGUGUUUUCUUUUGGUUUUUUUUAAAUAUUUGUUUUCUGACGAUUGUGCUAACCCGAGAAUAUAACGAUACAAGUCCGCGAGGAUUUCACUGUUGCAGUAGCAGCAGCAGCCGACGACGACGACGAAGGAUAUCGUCAAAUAAUUCUCCGCUGUCCGACGGACUGUCAACACAGAACCGGAGAACGGGGGAAAAAAAAAUAAACGCGCCCCUUCUCUAAAUUGUCUCCACUUUAUUGUUUGUUUUAUGCAUUUUCUCUGCGCGCCGUCCGAUCGAUUCGCGUCGCUAUGUUGACAUUAACGGCACUGGAAGUAGACUUAAUGUCCUAGGGCGGUCGGAUAAAAAUAAUAUAAAAAAAAAAAAAAAAAAAACUAAAAGGCGAAGAGUAUAUAUAGUGUGGGAGAAGAGCGCGGAAAAUAAAGAGAAGGAAUAAGAUUUAAAAAAAAUUGUAAGCAGGGGCGCGUUUACUUCACUUUAGGAGGAUGUACUCGACAAAAGCAACAGCCAUGACGUUCCUGGUGGCCAUAUUUGCAGUGAGCCCACUUCAGUCUUCCGAAGAAAAAUACAACCCUCAGCAGCAGAAGAAACAGGUGUCCGAUUUUUUGGUCAGGCCGUUUUUCGACACGUCCGUGUCGUCCAACAUCACCACGCAACUGGGCGGCCACGCUUACAUGCCGUGCAGGGUCAAGCAGCUGGGCAACAAAUCGGUUUCAUGGAUACGGCGGCGGGACUCGCACAUACUCACCAUCGAUUGGCUGCUGUUCAUCGCCGACGAUAGGUUCCGAAUAUUUCUGGUCGAGCCCACGUGCACGUGGACGUUGCAGAUAAAAUAUGUGCAGCCCAGGGACGCCGGCAUUUACGAAUGUCAAAUAAAUACAUCGCCUAAAAUGAGCCAUUUGGUUCAGCUCAAUGUCGUAGUGCCAAAGAUCGAGAUCAUGGGCGAGUCGGACAUCCACGUGAUGGAGGGCAGCUCGGUGAGCCUGAAGUGCGUGAUCCGGCAGAGCGUCCGGGACCCGGACUACAUAUUCUGGUACCAGAACAACAAGCGGGUGCUGGACUACGGCAAGGGCGCCAAGGUGAUCAGCAGCGAACGGUUGGACGCCAACACGAUGGUGGCCACGUUGACCAUCAACAACGCGGUGCUCCACGACUCGGGCAACUACACGUGUCAGCCGUCCAACUUGGACUCGGCCAGCGCGUACCUGCACGUCUUGAACGGCGAACAUCCGGCCGCCAUACAGCGGGGACACAGUUCCGGCACCCAGAUACCCAUCCGCCUCUUGGGGCCCCUGUCGGCCGUGUUGGGACUCAGCUCCAGCCAUUCGACGAGAGCCGCCCUGCUGACGACCGCGUUCGCCGUCGACCUUGCCGUCCGGACGCUGUACUCGAUGAUCGUCUAAACGGGCGGGACCCGAUCGCGACGAGCCUGCGGUACAGCAGCCACCGCCGCCGCCGCCGCCGAACACGACUUACAUACCAAAUAACAUUAUUAUCCAAUGACGACGAAAGAAAAAUACCCUGCCCCCUGCCCCCUCCCCCCCCCCCACCAACAAAAAAUAUUGCACACCGUCGCCGACGGGAAAACCACGUCCGAGUGGCGUGCAGGAAAGGUUAGCGUCUGCGACGAAACGCGCCUAUGGUAUUAUAGGUAAUAAUAAUAAUGAUAUUACGUUACCGAAAUACAUUUUCCGCCGUACCACCACCGAUACAGGUAGCGCAAAGUCGAAUUGUUUUCGCUAUUAUAAUAAUAAUUGUCGUUACAAUAGUAUAUUCAUCAUAAUAAUAAUUAUCGAUUAUAUUAUAACAAUUAUAUAUCCAUUGUGAUUGUUAAUAUUAUAUUAACAUCGUGUUAAUGAAAUACCGUGCGGCGGCGACGAGUCUGUGUCCAAUAAUAUUAUAAUCAUUGUUAUAAUACACUCGAAUCGCGCAGGUGUCCGUCGGCGACGAGUUCUUUUCCGAACGUGUACACUGUACAGUUUUUUACGUGUAUUUACUAUAUUAUAAUAUAAUAUUAUUAUAACUAUCAUUAUUAUUAUUAUUAUUACUAUGAUUAUUAUUAUUAUUAUUAUUAUUAUUAUUGGAUGUCAAAUCGUAAGAAAAAAGAUUGAAAAAAGUUACUGAUUAGCUUAAAAUUAAUGGUAAGAAAAAAAAAAAUGUUUAUUUUUUUUUUUUUUUAAUUAUGCCCACUACACCACCAUAAUAUAUUAUAAUAUAUAUAUAUAUAUAAUGAAUAAUAUUAUACCUAAUAUAUACGUAUUGUGUUUACAGCCAAUCGACCAAUGUUGAUAUUAUAUUAUGUGACGUUAUAUUAUGAUGUAAACCUAUUAUAUUAUAAUAUUAUUGUUGUCAUAUUGUACAUUAUAAUAAUAAAAUUGUCGAUAACCCCACAGACGAAUGACGAUCGCGUACAGUGAUGCACCAUAUCGGUCACUUGUAAGAGUUCGAAAUUUGCUUAUUGUUUUUGGUAUACAUUUUUUUCCAGACAUUCAAAAUGUCCGCGAAAAUCAAAUAUAAUAUGCAUAUUAUUCAAAAAAAAAAAGUAACUUAUAAUACAAUAUAAAACCAUAGGUUAUAAUUAUUAUUAUCAUUAUUAUUAUUAUUAUUACUACUACUACUUAACUAUUUUGCUCUAAAUGUUGUUAUUGUUUUUUGUUUUUUUUUUUUCUUAAGAUGUAUUGUAUAAAAUUACGCUAUAAAAAUAAUAAUACUACUUACGGUUGAAAUUCAUGUACAGCACGUGUAUAACUAAUUUUUAAACAUUCUUUUACUCUAGUCUACGACGAUUACAUAUUAUAUUGAUAUAUAAAUAUAACUACUAAUGGUGCGCUGUCUAUGUAAUUAAUUAUAACGCUACAAAAAAUCAAAUAAUAUGAACGAAACUAGUUUAUAUAAUUUUGCGUUCGGUACAGUAAUAUUACCUUACAUUAUAAACUAUAAUAAUAACAUAAUUCUAUUGAAGCAUUGAUAUAAUUUAUUAUCCACGUAAAUUAAUAUUGUUCUAGCCUCUUUUGAUUGUUGUAAUUUAAACUAUAUCAUGAGUCAUAUUAUAUAUAUAGUUAUACUUUACAAUGUAUGUGUUGGUUUUCGUUUAUGUUUUGCAAUAAUGUUUUCCGUAUUUUGUACAGUGAUUGACGUGUUAUGUUUCAUAUUAUAUUAUUAUUAUUUAAUCAAAAACUUUAAAUAUUAUUAUUUUUAUUCAAAUUGUUAAUUUUUCUGAUAUAACAAAACAACCAAAAAAAAAAAAAAAAAAAGUAAUAAAAAAUAGUUAUAUAUAUAUAUAUAUGUGUGUAUGUAUAUGUAUAUGUAUAUUAUAUAAUAUAUUAUUAUUAUACUACUUAUUUACCUACUAAAAGUGUAUAAAAAUAUAUAUUAUUAUACAUUUUAGAUAAGGAAAACAAUGUGUACCGUUAAACUAACCUUUAAUUUAUUGUAAUAAAUGUUAUAUGAAAUUAUGCAAACUCUGUCUCUGACAUUUUAGUUUACUAUAAACCUGUGUGUGUAUGUGUGUGUGUGUGUGUGUGUGUGUCGCCAAAAAUAAUUCGCACCAUACAUUUGUAUUCAUUAUUCGUACGCUGCAGCGGCAGUAUGCAAUUUAGCAAACAUUCGUUGGGAUUUAGAUUAGGUAAUGAUUAUUUCACACACGAGCUUGUCGUCUCAAUUUAAUCUCACGGGUAUAAUUAAGUUAACUACUACGGUUUCUUCAAACGAUAAAUAUGGUAAUUACUGUAACUAAAGUGCUAAUGUUGCCACGGAACAGCUUAAUUUUAAUAUGUAAAUCGAGUAAAAAUAUUUAAACUCUAUUCGAGAGUACCGAAGCAACGGCGUCCCGGGAAGGCUGUCGAUCAAACGCUCGCGCGAAAUCCAAAAUUAUAAACGACAUGGAAAACGGGUUACUUUCGGAUGCGUUAUAGACGGAUUCUAAUCGAUGUAUACAAUUAUUUAUAUUAUUUUUACUCAAUACGUUUAUAUUAAUUUAUUAUUAUUUAUGUUUAUUUGUUACACUUAGUGAGACCCAUCGAUGACUCGAAUCGGUCGGGGA